GAAAUGAUGAGUCAGCGUGAUACAGAAACGCGAAGCGCGGCGUCCUGUCCCGUCCCGCUCGCCGUACACGGCUGCUGUCAGCGCCUUGUGGCAGCCGGAGCCCGGUACACGUAAUCACUAUCUGUCGGAUGUGAGACCGUGCGCAAAGCCAGCAUGGACCGGGACGGGAUGAAGCACCGGGACGGGCGCCCGGAGAUGAGCGGCUACAGCGUGUACGAGGAGGAGAACGACCGGCUGACCGAGAGCCUGCGGGUCAAAGCCAGCGCGCUGAAAUCUCUGUCUAUCGAUAUCGGGACAGAAGUAAAAUACCACAAUAAGUUUCUGUCUGAAAUGGACUCGGAGUUCGACUCGACGGGUGGUAUUUUAGGGGCUACAAUGGGCAGACUGAAGGUGCUCUCCAGAGGCAGCCAAGCUAAACUGCUUUUGUACAUGAUGGCUUUUGCGUUCUUUGUGUUUUUUGUCAUUUACUGGUUUGUGAAGCUCAGGUGACAUUUUUUUUAAAUCAACGUAUGUGCCACUUAUCAAGCCUGGUUCUUCUAGUGUAGUAGUAUACCUUUCAGUUCCCGACUGAUUAUUAUAUGACUAACCCUGACCAGUAAAAACAGGUCCGGUGUACAGUUGUCAGGUUCCCGGGGCAUGCUGUGUCAUUCCAGUAACUAUGUCAGCUGAAGAGGAUGAAACCGGCAACUUCCCGUCUGUGAGUUAAUGAUCCAAGAAGAAGUAUUGGGAAUUACUCCGUUAAUCUAUUUCUAAUUAAGAAAACAUCAUGGACGUGCAAAAAUGUAUUCUUCCGAAAUGGAAUAUCUUUUUCUCUUGGACGUUUCCGAUGCCACUUUAUAUAUUUGUGUUUUAUUUUUUCUUCUUUGUCUUUUUUUUUUUUUAAGGUAAAAGUUAUUGGAGGAUCAGAUUGUUGUUAAUUUGUACUAAAUGCUAAAUGAAUAUUUGUAACAUUAAAUAGCACUUUUAUUAUUGUAAAAA